UAAAAAAUCAUCAAAAAUACCAAAAUCGAAAGAAAAAUAACCUCGAACAUGGAAAUUUCGAAACAGAUCGAUAACAACCUUAUAUGAAAGGGAAAAUGACUGACCAUUUUGUACAUUAAGUAAAAACUGUCUGAAGGACGGAAUAAGGACCACUGUUAUUCUAGAGCUUUUCCAAAAUAAUCUCAAUAAUUAAAUAAAUACCUCAGCGAUAUUUUUUAAUUUAUUUUAAAUUGUAUAAUUAGUAAUUACAAUUUUUUUAUUUUUUAAAUUCUUAAAUUUAUUUAAAAAAAUUCUUUUAAAAAUUUUUAACAAAAAAUGGAUACAAACUUUGACAAGUUGACAAAUUUUACUUGUGAUACGAGCCUAACUUCAACAGAAAGUGGAUUUGGUUCUUUAAAUGGAUCGAAAACAAAUGGAGUUGUCAAAUUUCCUGUUGAUAUUGAUUUGAUUUGUAAAAUUGAAGAAAGUAAAGAUGUCACCGUCAAGAAUGGAAUAUAUCGUUCUAAAAAUGUUAAAGAAAGUACAAAUAAAGCGCAGAGCUUUGCUAAUCGACUUUAUGAUCGUCUUUCUUCAAUAAACUUUACCUCUCUCAAUUCAUUUUAUAAUCAAAUAUUGACAUUUUUGGCUGCAACUGUCUUCAUUCUUGUAUUUCUGCUAAUCUGGAUUGUUUUCUGGAGUGUGUUUAAAGACUUUGCUUUUGGAACACUUCAAGAAAAAUAUUGGAUGUUUCAUGUAUUUUGUGCUAUUUUUGUCCUUUCCGUUGCUCUCUUUUUUUAUUUUAGCAUUCUGCUAAACCUACCAUUUUUUCGCCCUACCAAUUCAUCCAAUAGACCUCUAAUAACCUCAAUUCACACAAUAAUCACAAUUUUUUGGUUAAUUUUAUCGACUAUAUUAGCCCUCGUUUUACUCUCAAUUUCAUUCUAUUUAAUUUUUAAAUUUAUUAUUUUUGACAAUUAUUUUUCUGAAAACAAAUUUACUCAAAAUAAAUUUGUUAAUUCUCUUUUUGCUUUACUUGGGGUUGCCCUGCUUCUUUUAUUUUAUUUUUCUUUGUUGCGUAUAAUGCUUAUUAAUUUGAACUUAGAUAGAGGUCUGUAUUGA